GGAUGACUGCACGGAUGGACGCGUGGAUGAGCAUAGAGACAAACAAUAGUUGAUUUGGAUAAUUAGCCUCUGCUUAAUAACCACCGUUAGCCUUUUUGCUCCUACAGUGCAGCCCUGAACUUUUAAAACUUACUUGAUGGAGGCGCAAAUGUUUGAUGCAAUCUGACUGGACAUUAGCUGGUAGCUCCUUGGUACGAAGUCCGUGUGAUUUCAGAUUGAAGAAUGUCAGAACGGAGCACCUAAUUUUCUGGUGCAUUUACCACUAGUGGUUGAGUGUCACGUGUGCUACGCAGACAGCAGAGCUCACAUAAACCAAUCAAAGUAAAUGUGUCCGAAAUAGGCAGCUGUGUGCGAUUCUCCCAAAAUUGUCCCUAGUGCAAGUGUGAUAGUUGUGAUACAGGCAGAAAAGAUGUUGGUAUUGGGUUAUGCACCUGUAGGACAGCGGAAGACUUUAGCUCAGUUUACACUUCUGCGUGCCUGUGUUGCUCUGCAGUCUCCCUGACAAAAUGCUACUUGGCGCUUCUCUUCAAGUUGAUCCGUUUUCCUACACUCGAUUGGAAAAAUUGUGGCUGCAGGCUGCAACGACGUGACGUGCUGUUACUUUUAUAGCAAGACGCACAUCGGGUUACAACACAGGCUUUUAGGUUUUUGUGCAGCAUAAAUAUAACUCAGAAGCAUAAAUUCCCCUUUAGUCUCCAAACACUACAGGAAUCUGGCUUCUGUCCUCAACUGCCAUGCUCUUGGCUUUGGUGGGGGGGCUCAUGGUCACAGCGGGGAUUAUUUGCAGGCUGGAAGCAGAUGAGUUGUCCUUGUCAAAGGAAUUUAAAGGGGAUAGUGGUGAGACUGCACUCUGAUAGGUCAUAAGAAGUGACUGGAAGGAAGUGUCAGAGGCACCUGGCAGUCUGCUAGGCUCGCAGUGAGUGUCAUAAUACAGAAAAAUUAAUCAGUCUAAAUUAGGAGGAAGCAGGAGAAGAAUGGAAAAAAAAUUUGGUGUCUUCUUACAUAAAAAUGUCCUCUGAGGAUUAACAGUGUCAUUAAAAACACGCUCGUGCUCUUCCACGUACUCCAGCCCCAUCCCCAAACAAAACAACUUCUGCAUCGAAAAACAUCAACACUGGCCUCGUUUCUCAAACUUUGCGAAGACUAUGGAGAAGCAGGGCUGCUGUCGAAAGCGUUUUAGACAGGCAUGGAGGGCUGGUGGGGGGGGACCCUUGGGAGAUGCUUGUUUUGUUGGGCCUUCUUUGGCUUUUAGCAGGUCCCCUUGCAACCUGGCCAGUCUUUCAAGUUCACAGUCCUGGAAACUCUGGACCGAAUCAAGGAGGAAUUCCAAUUCCUCCAGGCUCAGUAUCACAGCCUGAAGCUGGAGUGUGAGAAGCUGGCCAGUGAGAAGACUGAGAUGCAGAGGCACUACAUCAUGUACUAUGAGAUGUCCUACGGUCUCAACAUUGAGAUGCACAAGCAGGCGGAGAUUGUCAAGCGUCUCAGUGCCAUCUGUGCUCAGAUCAUCCCUUUCCUCUCUCAAGAGCACCAGCAACAGGUGGUCCAAGCUGUGGAGAGGGCCAAGCAGGUCACUAUGGCUGAACUCAACGCCAUCAUCGGGCAGCAGCAGCUCCAGCACCUGUCUCACCACGCCCCUGGCAUCCCCCUGACGCCACACCCAUCAGGGCUGUCCCUGGGCGCAGGGGGCUCAGGACUGCUGGCACUGACGGGGGCUUUGGGAGUCUCAGCCCACCUUGCCUCCAAAGAUGAGCGCAACCACCUGGACCCUGAGCAUCUCAGAGAGGGAGCGCCCAGCAGGAGUAAGUCGGUGUCGUCCACAGACAGCCAGCCAAAUGAAGAGCGCCAAGGCCCAUCAGGAGGUUACGCCUCCUCGCAGGGAGGAGCUGAGGCCAAGAGAAGGCGCUGUGACGACAAAGAGUCUCUCCCGCCACAUUCAUACGACAGCGAUGGAGACAAGAGCGAAGACAAUCUUGUAGUGGAUGUCUCCAAUGAGGAGCCUAACUCUCCCGCAGGCAGCCCUCCUCACUCACCCCAUGGGAACGGGUUAGACCGGGCCCCCACUCUGAGGAAAGAGCUUCCAGGGUCCUCGAGCACAGGAGAGGCGCCGUCCACGCCAAAUCCCCGCAGCCCAACCACAGGGAAGGCCAAGGACCCUGGACAGAUGGAUAAGUCCCAGUCCCCGUUGUCUAAGUCUGGCACCCCAUCCCCAUCCCACCGUGAGGCCCUUACUCCAGGAGCACCAGGGGCCCCAGGGGCUCCUGGUCCCAGCACCUCCUGCCUUCGCCUAGUCAGCAAAGCAGCAACCAGUGCAGAUCCCCUUGCUCUCCGCAGUCCCAUGUCUGUGCCCCCCGGUUCAUACCCGGCUCAUUUUGGCGUGGUGUCCCACGCAGGACUGAAUGGGGAGCUGGCCAGCCCAGGAGGCUUCGGAGGGGCUCUGACUCUCUCCCCGCAAAUCAGCGCCGCGGCCAGCGCCUACUCCAGAAGCCCCAUGGUGGCGUAUGACUCUCGGUCUCACCUAAGGGCCCCGGGGCUGCCCUCCUCUCUCCCUGGUUCCUCUGGUGGCAAGCCCGCCUAUUCGUUCCACGUGAGCGCGGACGGUCAGAUGCAGCCGGUGCCCUUUCCUCCCGACGCUCUGCUGGGUCCGGGAAUCCCUCGUCACGCCCGUCAGAUCCACACCCUGAGCCACGGAGAGGUGGUGUGCGCCGUCACCAUCAGCACCUCGACUCGCCACGUCUACACCGGAGGGAAGGGCUGCGUCAAGGUGUGGGACAUCAGCCAACCAGGAAGCAAGAACCCCAUGGCCCAGCUGGACUGUUUGAACAGGGAUAACUACAUCCGCUCCUGUAAAAUCCUCCCAGACGGACGAACCUUGAUUGUUGGAGGAGAGGCCAGCACGUUGUCAAUCUGGGAUUUGGCCACGCCAACUCCCCGCAUCAAGGCGGAGCUGACGUCGUCCGCUCCCGCCUGCUACGCUCUGGCCAUCUCCCCUGACAACAAGGUCUGCUUUUCCUGCUGCAGCGACGGCAACAUCGUCGUCUGGGACCUUCACAACCAGACGCUCGUCAGGCAGUUCCAGGGCCACACGGACGGAGCGAGCUGCAUCGAUAUCUCCAACGACGGCACCAAGCUGUGGACGGGAGGGCUGGACAACACAGUCCGCUGCUGGGACCUCCGAGAGGGACGCCAGCUUCAGCAACACGAUUUCACUUCACAGAUCUUCUCUCUGGGCUACUGUCCGACAGGCGAGUGGCUGGCUGUGGGAAUGGAGAGCAGUAACGUGGAAGUCCUCCAUGUCUCCAAACCGGACAAAUAUCAGCUGCACCUCCACGAGAGCUGCGUUCUCUCCCUCAAGUUCGCCUACUGCGGGAAGUGGUUUGUGAGUACAGGAAAAGACAAUCUGUUGAAUGCAUGGAGGACACCUUAUGGAGCUAGUAUUUUCCAGUCCAAGGAGUCUUCAUCGGUGCUGAGCUGUGACGUCUCCCCAGACGACAAGUACAUAGUAACUGGCUCUGGGGACAAGAAGGCCACGGUGUACGAGGUGGUGUACUGAGGGCCGGGACAAGAUGGGAAGAGACAAGGUGGAGAUUUUAGGGGCGGGACACUCUGCCAACCACUCCUGAUCCUCAUUACAUCAGCAACAGCAGCACCUCCGUCUCAGUCGUCUUGAGUCCUCCUGACUCUUACCCCCAAAACAUCCCCCCCCCCUCUCUUUUUUUUUUUUUGCUGUGAUAUAAGCUACCGUGGAAGCUCCCAAAUGCCAUCUCCCCUCCUCCCCCUUCCACUUUUAGCCCAAGGAUGAGGCAUGAUAGCAGAGAGAAAGAGAGAGAAAGGCAGAAUGGGAAGCAGCAAGAUAAGAAGGACAAAGGAAAAGGGCGGUGGAGCAUAAAGAUAAAGUUUGGAGGAGAAAGAGGGAAAGAUGAGGAGAAGAGAAAGAGAGAGUGCGGAAGGAAGAAAUGAAAGGGAGGAAGAGGACGAUGAGGAGGAGGAGGGAGGCAGGGUAAUUAGGGCUGUUUCCUGAUUAAGAGCUCAGUGGAAGGGAGGCCCCCAGAGGAGGCGCGGAGCGGCACUGUGGGAGCGCCAGCCAGGAGCACUGAUACCACACAAUCGAUUCAUUAGCCAGACAGUGGAAGCCUUAAUGAGGCUGACGCCGCAGCUCGAUCUCCCCAGCGAGAGGUGUCAGGAGCUGGGGAAUGAUGACGCUCGGAGACGGAAGGGGGCUGCUUCAGAUAUCCACAUACACUGACGUGAAACAUAGACCUGCUAAUACACACACGCGCGGCAUCAGGCUAGAAUACACACACACUCGGUUCCACCCCCUUGAGGUAAUCGUAUGAAGAGAGAAACGCACACAACACAUAGAGCACCCAAUUAAACAUUCGCCGCAGCGCUCCCCGUCUCACUGCUAAUAUCUAUUUUAUUUUGGUCUGACAAAGGCAGCGUCUAAUGAGCAGCGGAGUCAAUGGGAUUCUCCCAGGGCCCAGAGACACAAACAGAGAACAUCAGCCGAGCUGUUCAUUCUAAUUCCUCUGGAUUGUUCUCCUGACACCGGGCGCUGCACUCACUCUCAUUAAAGGCACUGUCAGCUAGAUGAAGUAGCAGCACGCCAGCUUCACUGUAAGGCGGACGAGGGGGCAAAUUAACACCACACGUUUACACUAUCAUCAGCAGCCAACUAAGCAGCGACUAAUCCGAUUCCUUUCAAAUUUUAUGCAACUAGUUGCUGUUUUCAUUUACAGACGAGAUUACAUGUUUAUCAGAGUCAUUAUCUCCAUCUCUGCCUGCCUGCUUAUGUGCUAGUGUUCAAGUGCUCGGGCUAAUUCUUGUUUCAUAAGCUAUUGAUUUCUAUUAACUGAGAUGCUAAACACCUUAAAGAAUUUUUUACAUUUUCAGUUGCUCACUGAGAUUACGAUUAGAAGAUUUAUGCCACUCUCAUGUCUGUAACGCAAGGGUAAAGUCGCCGCAAGCAGCCUUCCAAUGUAGCUUGGCCAACAGACAGAAAACAGGUGUCCAACAGAGCAUUUUACUCUUUUAAGAGCGUACAACUCGUUUUUUAUUGACAUUUGACGCACCACAGUAGCUGGCUUAAACACCUUACCGCUGUAAACUGCAUGCUGAAGUUUCAGUGCAGCCAGAAUAAAAAUAGUUUACAAAAAUCUCUGAAAAUAACUUGUGUCAAUGUGUCACUAACAGUGUUAUCAGUAUCGUCCAUGAGUUCAGCUUCUUUUGGCCCGUUUAUGCCAGACUGGUCGCUUUGCAUGCAAACAGCUCCAUACCAUAUACCGUGUAGGAGAGAGCAAUGUGUCAUGAUUUAUAAGUUUAUAAGUUUAUAAUAUGCAAACAUAUUUUAAUGACAGCUAAAUCACUGUGAUUUUUACUUUCCACUAAUUAGUUGGAAACACAACUUUCAGCCUUUCUUAUAUUUUAAAAUUGGGGUUUUUGGAGACCUGGGAUGUAAAUGUGCCGGCAUUUUUGGGUCAGCCUCUGUUGUGUGUACAGGCUAUAAAUAAAACAGACGUGACAGUCAACACAAAAAGGUUCAGACAUUUUUCAAAGUGCCUGUUUGUUAAUUUAACACAAAUCGCUAAACUUACGGGACAGAAACUAAAUAUCGAUCCUAUCAGGAUAGUAUUGAUCCAGUACCAAUACCAGCAUUGGUAUUGAUACUAUGGCAACAUUUAGAAAAUAAAAUAAAUGCAUAAAUCAGAGGUUUUUUUUUCCAGAAAUCCUGAUGUUAUCAAACUGUUGCAACAUCUCCCUCUCUGUAGUGUGUGACUCUCCAAGCUUCUCUACCGAUAUAUUCUUGAACCAGUGGUUAAAAACCAGCACAAGCGUAAAGUCGGCGAGCAUAAAUAUGUCCUUACAAGUUGGCGACAGGUCCUUCUGGUGAAUUUGGCUUCCAUGCCAUCAAUAAAGUUUGGCCAGGUGCUUCCUCAGAUUGGACACGUUACCGUGGCCACCUUCACAUUUAGCAUCACAAAUGUCACAGAGGGCGUCGUCUGCAUUGCAUAACCACACCUGAGGUGGAUAUCAGGUGUGGUUAUGCAUAUAUCACAUCAGAUCGCUCAAACGCCGCUGAAGUCGAGGUUAAUCAUUUCUCCCCUUUUCUGUCUGUGGGCUAAGCUUACUUACGUAUUAGUGGUCCUGACCAAUAGCAGGUUAGUCUCCCUGUUAUUCUUCUGUGGCUGCACUAAGUAGUAUUCUAUUCUCAAGUAUUCUAGCACGUUAUAUGGCUUUUACUUGGCUUUUUAUGGAUAAACGCAUGAGCAUUGGAGAUGCUGGUAAGGAGUUUUUAGGGGUUUUUCUUUACAUUUCAGAACCUGUUCUCGUUUGUGUGUACUAAGCUAUCAGGCCUUGUAAUUAUUGUACAGACAUGAGAGUACUAUCAGUCUUUCUAAUUCUUGUUAUGACAGCAAAUAAGAAAAAUGUCAAGCUACUUCUUUAAAUAUAAUCCUUACUUUUGAUUCCUCCUUGUAUCAUAUUCCAAACUGGCAGGCAAACUGUAUAUCGGAGCUCUCUGCUUCUGUAGAACAUGCAUCACCAAUGUUUAGACUAAAAAGGCACAUUUCAAGAUUUUCUUUGAUUACUCGUUAAUUUCUGAAUAUUUUUUUUAAUAGUGAUUGCUUGUCUUAUGUAAUGAUGUGUUUAUGUAUUGGGGUUGCCUAUGAUUAUGGGGAGGAAUGCACUCACACAUGGAGACAGAAUAUCAAGAGGAACACAGGCGGGACUAUUUUUUUUUUUGUCUUUUUUUUUAAAUCAGGGUAGCUUUUAUCCUUGGUAAUGGUGAUGGGCAGAAGGUGUACAACAUCAGCAACCCAGUGUAAAGAAAAAAAAGAGCUCCUCUGUCCACUCUUUGUUUUUAUUAUCCCCCUUUUUUUCCAAAGUGGUAGUGCGUGUAUUUUAGUCUGUUUUCAGUCCUUACUGUGUAGUAAUAAGCCGUUUCUGUUGAGUCUGUGGACCGUGUGCAACAGGCAUUGGCUGCGACAUGAAAAUAUAGAUUUAGCCAUUGAUUGAUCGAUCGAGGUUCCACUUUUUAUUGCAUGUUUGUUACAUUAAAGCUCCACUGCUGGUAGAACAAAGUCAAUCUGGUUUCGUUCGAUAAAUACAGCGAACGGUCUCACAGCCGCAGUUUUACACAAGAAAAUCUUAGCGUGACAGUAUGCAAUCUAGCUCAUCUGUAUAAAAUGUCAGCAGGACUCUUCCAUGCUUCUUGCUGCAGCACUAAUGCAGAAUAGGAGAUUUACGAGAGACUUCUGAGAUGGCUCGUGUACCAGCCAGGAGUCAGAGAUAAUCUGUACAGUUUAAUGCCUUUGCCUGCCUCUUUCCCUUUCUGCCUGACAGCCACAGGCAAAUCUAAACGAUAUUCUCAUACACAAGCUUGUAAUCUACUCAAAACGAUGCUGUAUAAUGGCUAUGCAUUUGGUGGUAUAGCAUAAAUAUUUGGGACAUUGUAUUUGAUACUUUUCUUUAACAGUAGGUAACACGUCUCCCCUGCUUGUGCUUCUCUGUUCCAGCAGUGUUCAAAACUUAUUUUCCCCCCAUUUUACAAGUUCAUGUAAAGUUUCUCUUUUAAAAAGCCAAGGAACUUCCUCCUUUCUUUUUUUUUCUUUUUUUUUAACUGGGUCUUCCCUCCUGAAGUGUUUUCCCACGUGCUGUAAAAGAAAUACUAUGUGUGAAAAAUAAACCAAACUUGUGU